UGAUAUCAAUGAUUAAAAAUUAUGCGAUAAAAAUGCGAAUGCGUGCUGCAUUUGGAUUGGUAUAAAAAGGCGACACCCUCGUUCAUUAUCAAAGUUUAGUGUUGUUUGCAGCCAUAAUGAUUAAGAUCACGCUAAUUUGUCUUUCUUUUGCUUUUGCAUUGGGAGCUGAGCCAUUGCUUUGCGUGCGUUUUUGUGAAAAUGAAAGUGCAAAAUUGACUUGCGCCACCAAUGGUGAUAAUUACUUGCUUUUCAAGAACGAAUGCGAGCUUAAAAAUAAGGAAUGUACUAGUGGAGAAACGUGGACUACAACUUCCUUAACUAGAUGCCUGAAAACUGUUACCCCAAUCAAGGGGCCAAUAAUUGAAAUCCCGGAAAAACCAGUUUUGUUGUCACAGAGAGCUGGAUGUGUAGUGCCCUGUAAUUUGCUAUAUAAACCAAUUUGCGGAUAUGAUGGAAAUGAAUACAGAACGUUCGACAAUGAUUGCUUCAUGGCCGCCGCAAAUUGCAAUAGGGAUGCAAGUACAACUUGCAUUUUGGGAGCAAAUGCUGGGUCACUAUGCCUACGUCCUUGCCCACAGCAAGAUAUAAAUCCCAUUUGUGCAACAAAUGGUGAAGUUAAAAAUUUCUUUUUGAACGAAUGCGAACUUCAGAAUGCAGAGUGUGCUGAUGGAGCGGUUUGGAAGAAGAUCAAAGUUGAAGAAUGUUUGGUAAUCUUAAGUGCUCCAAUCGCCAGAGCAGAAGAGAAGCCAACAAUUGUUAAUAUUCCUUGCGGAUUAUGCACCAUGAAUUACAGUCCAGUAUGCGGAUAUGAUGGAAAUGAAUUCAAAGUUUUUGGAAAUGGAUGCACCUUGAAUCAGCAAAAUUGUCUGGCGAAGAUUAACGCAAGUGAAGGUGAAGAAGUUUCAAGUUUCCUCGCUGUUGAGCCAGAAAAAUGUAACAUCAAACCAAUAACGUUCCCAAAAUUAAACUAAAGAGCAGCAUAAGCAAUAAAGAAACUGCAAAUUGUA